UGGAGAUGUCGUACGGCGAGAUUGGCUGCAAGGAGCAGCAUCAGGAGAAUGAUGGGAUUGAAUUGGAGAGCAUGGCCAGCUUACCUGAAGACCUGAUGCUGAGCGGCGACUUCCGCGGGAAGUUCAAGAAGAUCCGGACCAGGAAAAGGCCCACCAUUCUGACAUCUUCACCAGGGUACAGCAAGCCUCCUGUCCCACCAGUUUGCUGCUCGCAGGGUGAGAAGGGGCCGCCAGCCAUGAUGCCCAUCAGCGUGGACCCAGAGAGCCGUCCGGGCGAAUACGUGCUCAAGAGCCUCUUCGCCAACUUCACCACCAUCUCAGAGCGCAAAAUACGUAUCGUCAUGGCCGAACCUUUGGAAAAACCUUUGGUAAAGUCUCUUCAGAGGGGUGAAGAUCCGCAGUUUGACCAAUUGAUCAGCACAAUGAGUUCUCUGGCCGAGUAUUGCCUACCAUCUAUCCUGCGAACCCUGUUUGACUGGUACAAAAGACAGAAUGGAGUUGACGAUGAAUCCUAUGAGUACCGACCACGUUCAAAUACAAAGUCCAAAAAUGAUGAGCAGCAGAAAGAUUAUCUGCUGGAGAGGAGAGACCUAGCCAUCGACUUCAUCUUCUCUCUUGUGCUCAUAGAGGUUCUCAAACAGAUGCCCCUCCACCCAGUUGUGGAUGGUUUGGUCCAUGAAGUCAUUAAUUUGGCUUUUAAGCACUUUAUAUAUAAAGAGGGGUAUCAUGGACCCAACACUGCCAACAUGCACAUUGUAGCUGAUCUCUAUGCAGAAGUUAUCGGAGUCUUAGCACAAGCAAAAUUUCCUGCUGUUAAAAAGAGGUUCAUGAGUGAGCUGAAGGAGCUCCGUCAGAAGGAGCAGAGCCCAUACGUGGUCCAAAGCACCAUCAGCCUCAUCAUGGGCGUGAAGUUCUUCCGAGUGAAAAUGUAUCCUGUAGAGGAGUUUGAAGCCUCCUUUCAGUUCAUACAGGAGUGUGCGCAGUAUUUCCUGGAAGUGAAGGACAAAGACAUCAAACAUGCUUUGGCUGGAUUCUUUGUGGAAAUUCUAGUUCCUGUAGCAGCGGCUGUCAAGAAUGAGGUGAAUGUUCCCUGUUUAAGGAACUUUGUGGAGAGCUUGUAUGAUUCUACCUUGGACCUUUCAACAAGAAAGAAGCAUUCACUGGCUCUGUACCCACUAGUGACAUGUCUGCUGUGUGUCAGCCAAAAACAGUUCUUCCUCAACAGAUGGCAUGUCUUCCUCAACAACUGCCUCUCCAAUCUGAAGAGCAAGGACCCUAAAAUGGCACGGGUAGCACUAGAGUCCCUCUACCGACUUCUGUGGGUCUACAUGAUUCGCAUCAAAUGCGAGAGCAACACUGCGACGCAGGGCCGCCUCAACUCUAUUGUGAUGACCCUGUUCCCUAAAGGAUCCCGCAGCGUAGUUCCUAAAGACAUGCCUCUCAAUAUAUUUGUUAAGGUUAUCCAGUUUAUUGCACAGGAAAGACUUGACUUUGCAAUGAAAGAAGUCAUUUUUGACCUACUGUGUGUUGGGAAACCUGCAAAAACCUUUAGUCUUAAUCCGGAGAGAAUGAAUAUAGGUCUCAGAGCAUUCCUGGUUAUUGCUGACAAGCUGCAGCAGAAAGAUGGUGAUCCCCCAAUGCCGAACACAGGGGCAACGCUCCCUUCUGGAAACACACUACGAGUCAAAAAGACAUUCCUGAGCAAGCCUCUGACUGAAGAUGAGGCCAAAGUCAUAGGAAUGUCCUUCUAUUACCCCCAAGUGAGGAAAGCUUUAGACAACAUCCUCAGACAUUUGGAUAAGGAGGUUGGCCGCUGUAUGAUGCUGAGUAAUGCACAGAUGCUGAAUAAGGAACCCGAGGAUAUGAUUACGGGCGAGAGGAAACCCAAGAUUGACCUCUUUAGGACAUGCAUGGCCGCCAUUCCACGCAUCCUUCCUGAUGGCAUGUCCAAGUCAGAGCUCAUAGACCUUUUGGCACGGUUAACCAUCCAUAUGGAUGAUGAACUGCGUCUGAUAGCCCAGAAUUCCCUGCAGAGUCUGCUGGUGGAUUUCUCAGAUUGGCGGGAGGAAGUGCUCCUGGGAUAUUGCAGCUUCCUGCUUCGAGAGAUUCAGGACACACACCAAACCCUGCUGGACUCCUCACUUAAACUACUGCUUCAGUUGCUUACACAGUGGAGACUAGCCCUUCUCAGCACCAGCAAGACUCUGGACACAUCAAAGAUCUGCUCCACUGAAUUGUUACAGAGUAGCUCUGGCACCAGGCUGCCUGCUGAACGGACCCCUCACUCCACAGUCCUGCAUGCUGUUGAGGGUCUCGCUUUAGUGCUGCUGUGCUCCUGCCAGACAGGCACACGCAAAGUAGCUGUGUCCAUCCUUCGAGAGGUCCGCCAAAUCUUCCUCACCAUCGGGCAGAAUGAGGAAGAUGAAUUGGCGUCCCUCCCCGCUGGGCAGCACGCAGACCUGCAGUGGCUGGUGGAGUGGAACGGAUCUCUGGUCGGCAGCCACUAUGACGUGCGGAGCCCGUCUCGUGUGUGGAUCUUAGCACAGUCUCUGAAGGAACCCUGGGCUCUGUGCCUCUUCAGCCUUCUGAGACAGGAGUACCUGCCUAAGCACUGUCCCACAGCGCUCAGCUACGCUUGGCCCUACGCCUUCACCCGCUUGCAGCUCCUCAUGCCUUUACUUGAGCCCAGCAACCCAGUUAAUGCCAAGAAGACAAGCUCGGCUGGUUCAGCAGACACCUAUGUUUCUCUCUGGAGAAACUAUCUGAUUCUGUGUUUUGGUGUGGCCAAACCCAGCAUCAUGAGCCCGGGUCAUCUUCGAGCUUCCACCCCUGAGAUCAUCACUCCCAGUACAGACAGCAACAAUAGCUAUGACAACAAGAUCCUCGGCACCCCGUCUGUGGCCUGGCUUCUGAAGCAGUUGAUCCCUCUGAUGCGUUCAGAAAGCAUUGAGAUCACAGAGUCUUUGGUGCUCGGAUUUGGCCGCACAAACUCACUCGUUUUCAGAGAGCUUGUUGAGGAACUGCAUCCUUUGAUGAAGGAAGCUUUGGAAAGAAGACCUGAGAAUAAAAAACGGCGAGAUAGAAGAGAUCUGCUAAGACUCCAGCUCCUCAGGAUCUUUGAGCUGCUGGCGGAUGCCGGUGUCAUCAGUGACAGCACUAAUGGAGCUCUGGAACGUGAUACGCUGGCCCUGGGCGCUCUCUUUCUUGAGUAUGUGGACCUGACCCGGAUGCUUCUGGAAGCUGAGAAUGACAAAGACAUGGAGAUUCUCAAAGACAUCCGAGCUCACUUCAGCGCCAUGGUGGCCAACCUCAUACAGUGUGUCCCAGUGCAUCAUCGACGUUUCCUCUUCCCUCAGCAAAGCCUUCGGCACCAUCUCUUCAUCCUUUUUAGCCAAUGGGCUGGACCCUUCAGUAUCAUGUUCACGCCCCUGGAUCGCUAUAGUGACCGGAACCAUCAGAUCACUCGAUACCAGUAUUGUGCUCUUAAGGCCAUGUCGACUGUGCUUUGUUGUGGCCCCGUGUUCGACAACGUAGGGCUCUCUCCUGAUGGCUACCUCUAUAAAUGGCUGGAUAACAUCCUUGGCUGUCAGGAUCUGCGGGUGCAUCAGCUGGGCUGUGAGGUGGUGGUUCUUCUGCUGGAACUUAACCCAGAUCAGGUGAAUCUGUUUAACUGGGCCGUGGACCGAUGUUACACUGGCUCCUGCCAGCUGGCCUGUGGUUGCUUCAAAGCCAUCGCCACUGUCUGUGGUAGCAGAAACUACUCCAGUGAUAUUGUGACUCUGCUGAACCUUGUUCUCUUCAAAGCGUCCGACACAAACAGGGAGAUCUACGAGAUCGCUAUGCAAUUAAUGCAGAUUCUGGAGGCCAAGCUGUCUGUGUAUUCUAAGAGGAUUGUGGAACAGAAAAGUGGUGCUAUACUGUAUGGGACACAUGGGCCUCUUCCGCCCCUCUACAGUCUCUCUGUAACCCAGCUUUCAAAGCAACUUGCCAGAAUGUACCCUGAACUCACCCUGCCCCUUUUCUCAGAGGUGAGUCAGAGGUUUCCCACAACGCAUCCAAACGGGCGUCAGGUCAUGCUGACCUACCUGCUCCCUUGGCUCAGUAACAUCGAGCUGGUUGAUGGAGGCCUGCUGCCCACUGUCACGAGUCUGAGCAGCUCUGGAGACAACAGGAAGGGUUACACUCACAACACCUCAGCACCUCACCUGCUCCGAGGCACAGGCUGGGGGUCACUGCAGGCCUCCUCUCUGGUCCUAAACAACCUCAUGUUCAUGACUGCAAAGUACGGGGAUGAUGUCCCAGGUGCAGAAAUGGAAAACGCUUGGAAUGCUCUGGUCAGUAAUGAACGGUGGACUAAUAACCUGCGGACCACCAUGCAGUUUCUCAUCAGCUUAUGUGGAGUCAGCAGCGACACCUCUCUUCUGCCUCAUAUUAAGAAGGUGGUGAUCUACCUGUGUCGCAACAACACCAUUCAAACCAUGGAGGAGCUGCUUUAUGAACUUCAACAGACAGAUCCUGUGAACCCUGUAGUGGUGCACUGUGACAAUCCUCCGUUCUACCGCUUUUCAGCCACAAGCAAAAUUACCACCACCACUUCAGGUCCACCUUCCAGCAGCAAAACCUUGGUGUGUGGCCAGGAAAACAUCCCUGACACAGAUGACUCGCCAGUCACAAAGGAGUGUGAUGACAGGCUAAGCAACAUCUUACGAGCACACAACCGCCUGGAGUCUCGGUACAGCAGCAGUUCUGGAGGUUCCUAUGAUGAGGAAAAGAGUGAGCCGCUCCCACCGUAUGCCAUGUGGCUUAUGAGUGUGCUAGAAACCAAUCAGCCGCUUCCUCUUCCCAUGCCAGUUAACGGAGGCUGCUGGGCACCGCUGGUCGACUAUCUACCUGAAACAGUCACCCCACGAGGACCCCUCCACAGGUGUAACAUAGCAGUGAUCUUCAUGACGGAGCUGGUGGUGGAUCACAGUGUGAAGGAGGACUGGGCCCUACACCUCCCUCUACUGCUCCAUGCCUGUUUCCUGGGUAUGGACCACUACCGUCCAGAGGUGUUUGAACACUGUAAGAGACUCCUCUUGCACCUUCUCAUCACGCUAUCUUGCAACAACAAUUUCAGCCUCAUUGCCUCUGUUCUGCUAAACACCAGAGAUGCCAACAGCAACAAGAGCCUGACUUUUAAACCCAUCUACCAGCCUGAGUUCUACACAG